AUGUCGCUGAACAAAGUGUUACUUCUUGACGAGCCGAGUUUGUUGAGUUUAUUGAAAACCAAUAACCACGAAGAUAUCGCCGGUAUCGUUCAAAGCAAACACUUAGACGGAAAACAGCUACUGGACUUAUCGGAAUUCCAAACGAUCAGUUGGAAAUUAUCACCGGCCCAAAAUAAGAGACUGUUCGCGUUUAUAAGAAGCAUCAAAGAAGAUCCGUAUAUUUUGUUCAAGAAACAACCUAUCAACAAACCGAAACCUAAUCUACCAGUAACCCAAAAACCAAUUCUACCAACAAGACCACUACAAGUCAAACAACCAUUAAAACCACCUCAACAACUACCUACUACAAAUCAUGAAGAGAUUAAACCCAAACCUAAAAUGCAUUUACCACCACAAGCGACUCAUAAGAACGAAACUCUCGGUAAAUCCAUCCGGAAACCACCAGCAAUCGCUCCAGAGACACUCGACGACGUUGAUUACGAAGAUUUGGAAAAUACAUAUGAUAAAGAACCUCCCAACGAGGAAUACCUCGAACCUAAUGACUUCAAUGAAGAAGAAAACGAACCGGAAAACACUUACGAACCUGCCCCUGAUGAUAACAGACGAGCUAGAAAUAUAUCACAAACAAAACCAGUUAGUAUAGCGACCCGGGCACCCAUUCCUAUACCAAGGGUAGAAGAUGAUGAACCCAACCAAAAAAUGAAAAACUUGAAAAACAAUAUCAGAACGAUCGGAGGAUAUUUGAACAUCGACGUAGAGGAAACCGAAGCGGAAAUCAACGAAGAACUAUCUCAAACCGGCAAAAAAUACACGGUGAACGAUUUAACUAACAUAAUCAUCGUCGACGAGGACGAGUCCAAGCGUCCGGUCAACUUUUUGGGGAAAAUCAACAAAUUCUUCACCCUCAAAUCCAAAUCGACCAGAGCCAACUCGUCGAACUACGAAAACCACAUGCUGAGGAGCGAAAUGCCCGGCUUCGAAUUGCCGGAAUCCGUCCGAAACCGACCCUUGCCCGAUAUUCCAUCGACUCUGAACAAAAAACGCGAUAUAAUAACCGAAAAACCGAGGAAAAGAAUCUCCCUGCAUCGAAGGGAACCCGAAGAUGAACCUCCGUUGCCAGUCCAAGACAAAGGGAGAAGAUCGCCGAGAAGCCAACCCGAAAGACCCACCGAAGAUAAAGUUAUUAACGAUAUAAAACGCUUACAAUCAAUAAGAAACAAGAGCCUCGUUAAAGUUAAUAAAGAAGAUGAAGAUCUUCUGGUGUACGAAAACAGAAAACCGUUGAAAACUUCGACUUCCAGACAAAAUUCACUUUCACCUCUACCGAUUCUAACGGACGAAUUAGCUGCCCAACUGUCGGAGAAACUCAAAGUUCGAGCAAGCGCUUUUAUCCCGGCGAUACAAGAUACCGACGACGAUCAACCAGUUUACAACAACAUCGAUGAUGAUUCCGUUAAAGAUGAACCAGAAGAAGACCACCAACCUAUUUACGGAAACGUUGAUGAUGAGGAAGAAGAACCAGAAGACACCGAUAAUAACGUUGAAGACGACAACAACGAAGAUGAAGGCGAGGAUGAUGAUAACGUGGAAGACGAAGAGGAGCAGGAGGUCUACGUCGAUUCCAUUUUCAACAUCAACAACGAGAGAUUCUACAGGAACACGGACAGAAAAGGCGCCAAGCAAUUGCUGCGCGCCCUUCCCAGCGGCUCCUUCCUCUUCCGGCCCAGCGAGCGCUACUUCCUGGUGCUGACGCUCAAGGCGGAGAAUAGAUUCUACAAUUUGGGCAUCGAACGCACGUCCACCAACAAGAUUCGAUUGAACGCCGACGCCAGCAGCGUCUCCCCGGAGUUCGGGACCUUGAGAGCCUUCGUGGAUUACUUCAAAAAAGAACCCGUUACGUUCACUCACGGGAACGGUUUAGUGGAGGUUUGUUUGAAUCCGUCUCUACCGGCUGAUUUGUUUUAA